GGAUGUGCAACGUUGGAACUGACCGAUUACACGUUAACUGUACCCGGAUAACUGAACACAUCUUGGACAGCUAAACAGCUAGAGAGAUUCAUACUUAUACAUAGGCUGUUCUUGUUAAAAAAUAACAUUUUAGAAUGCCUCUGAAAUUCGAACUUUGUCCUGGUAAAAUGAUCGGGGGGUCGAACCCUUGUUUCAUUAUUGCCGAAAUCGGACAAAACCAUCAAGGGGAUAUAGAAAUCGCCAAGAAGAUGAUUAAGAUGGCUAAGGAUUGUGGAGCCGAUUGCGCAAAAUUCCAGAAGAGCGAACUGGAGUACAAGUUUAACAAACGUGCCCUGGAGCGUCCGUACACUUCAAAGCACUCGUGGGGAAAGACUUACGGAGACCACAAGCGCCACCUAGAGUUUAGUCACGAGCAGUACAAGGAGCUGCAGAAGUACGCUAAGGACGUUGGCAUCUUCUUUACAGCUUCCGGAAUGGAUGAGAUGGCAGUGGACUUUCUACACAAGCUUAACGUGCCGUUCUUCAAAGUGGGCUCUGGAGACACAAAUAACUUUCCUUACCUCGAGAAAACGGCCAAGAAAGGACGUCCCAUGGUGGUGUCUAGCGGGAUGCAGACCAUGGAAACCAUGCGAAGGGUCUACCAGACUGUGAAGAAACACAACCAGAAUUUCUGCAUCCUGCAGUGCACCAGCGCCUACCCUCUGGAGCCUGAGGAUGUUAACCUCAGGGUCGUCACGGAAUACCAGAAGGAGUUCCCUGACAUUCCCAUCGGAUACUCCGGCCACGAGUCUGGAAUCAGCAUCACAGUGGCCGCCGUGGCAAUGGGGGCAAAGGUCGUGGAGCGUCACGUGACCCUGGACAAGAGCUGGAAGGGGAGCGACCACGAGGCGUCCCUGGAGCCCGGGGAGCUGACCGAGCUGGUGCGCUCCAUCCGGCUGGUGGAGAGGGCUCUGGGAACGGGCGUCAAGCAGAUGCUGCCCUGCGAAAAGCCGUGCCAUGACAAGCUGGGGAAGUCCGUAGUGGCCAAGGUUUCCAUCUCCAAAGGCACACUGUUGAGUCUGGACAUGCUGGCGGUGAAGGUGGCCGAGCCCAAGGGAGUGCCCCCCGAGGACAUCUUCCAGCUGGUGGGCAAGGCGGUGCUGGAGGACCUGAAGGAGGACGAGAGCGUCACCCCUGAGGCGGUGGACAGCUACGGCAAGAAGGCCAAAUGCUAAGGCCUCCACCCUGAUCCGCCUUAGCUCCACCCGUGCCUGCUGCACCUCCACUUGUGGGCUGAGGUUUGACAGCCAGAAAUUGUGGAUGAAACAAAGCGUUUAAAUUAAUGUUCUGUUAUUGUGUCACUUGAGGUUCUCUUGAUUUAGCCUGCUACAUAUGCUGGAACUACCAACAAUAGAAUAAGUUCAAAAGCACUAACCUGGUUCUUCUGCAAGUUAAAUAGAAACAUUUGUGCCUCAAGUGAUUUUUAUUACUUGCCCAUUCAUUCAUAACUAAAUUAAACAGUUAUUGUCUAAGAGGCCAAAAUGGGACUGGAAAGAAAUGUUUGCCAUUACAUUUUUGGGCAAAUUUUUUGUGUGUGUUGAAAGUAAGAAUACAGAUUGCAAGUGCCUAAUAAGACAGUGGCAGUCACUGUAAAAUAGGUGGCAUAAAAAUCAUAACAGUGGGUUAUUAUUUAUGUCAGCACGUGGGGGGGAAAUAAAUUUGUUCUGACGUCAAAAAUUA